AUGGCCUCUCAGGUCUUAUUCAAUCGGGCUUUAGUUAAUAGAUUUAUUAACUUCAGUAGCAAAAGAUUGGUUUCAGUAUCAUCUAAAAAAAAUGACACGGUUGCAGUUGAAGCCUGUAAGACAGAAACAAAACCGAACAAAAACUGGAUGUCCUAUGGAUAUGAUAGAAAAGAUAAAAGCAAAGAUAGAUUUUAUGGGCAUAUGUCGUUCUUUAUGUCAAUAACUUUAGCCCUAACACUUGGAUCGUUCUUUUUUGCGUACAUGCCAGACCAUACCUAUAAGGAUUGGGCACAAAGAGAAGCUUAUAUCGAACUAGCCAGACGAGAGAAAAAUGGCCUUCCUUUGAUAGAUCCUAAUAUAGUUGAUGUAAAUAGAAUCCAAUUGCCUUCUGAUGAAGAACUGGGCAAUACUGAAAUUAUAAUCUAA